UAGCCUACUUUAUAUCUGUUUAAUUGAACUAACAGUUGUACCAAAGGACUGCUGUGUAACAGAACAAAUCUUCAGGAGGACCGGUUGAGACAGACCGAAACCUGGUUCAUUCCAAUCCAGAAUAUAUAACAUCUCUGCUGGUAGACAUUCUGGACUCCGUCCGGUCCACAUUCCUCUCACCUGUAACUCAUGCCGUGAUGACGCAUGAUCGUAAUCAGCAUACGUAGGAUAAAGGAGCAGCUUUUAAAACAGAAACUCAGUCUGUUCAGAGUGACGGCAGCUGGAUUAUUGCUGGUAUUUUACUACAUUUUACUAAAACUACUUCUGACAAGAGUUGGGAUACCAGACACAGGUGAGGUACGUACAACCUCAAGAACCCUGAUAUGAACUGGAACUUAUGGGUCAUUCAACAACUGCUUGCAUCGCUUCUCUUUAAGGCAGCCUUCUCAUUUGAGUUCCAGAUUACUGUCCCCCGCGGCCCCGUUAUUGCUGCCCAGGGACAGCAGGUCGUCCUACCCUGCAGCUUCCCAGUGAGCGGCAGCCUGGGCAGUUUGGUGGUCACCUGGCAGAGGGGGCAGGAGGUGGUCCACAGCUUCUAUCACGGGAGAGACCAGCUGGACCGCCAGAGCCGUCGCUAUGCCAACAGAUCCAGCCUGAUGUACUCCGACAUGGAGCGGGGGGAUUCCUCUCUGCGUCUGGAGCUCAGCAACAUGGAGGAUGAGGGAGACUACACCUGCUCUGUCAGCACGCUGCUGGGGAGCCAGAGGAAAACCUUAUCUUUGAAAGUAGCAGCACUGUACACAGAACCACAUUCAAACUUGAAAGUAUCUCCCAGCGGCUUGGAGCUGGUCCUGACUUCACAAGGAGGACGCCCUGCCCCCUGCGUUCAGUGGCUGGAUGACAGAGGAGAGGACAUCACAAACCACACAAGCACAGUCGUCAGGCAGGACACAGACGGACUGUUUACAGUGUCCAGCAACCUGACUCUGCAGCCAGCCGGCACCAGGAGCCUCUCCUUCAUCCUGAAGAACAGGAUCCUGGGCCAGGUGAUAAGGAGAGACUUCACUCUAGACACAGGUAUUGGUGCCGAGUCAUCAAGGAACCAUGACAGAGACAGAUGGGGGGUUGUGUUAUUCCUUGUGAUAAUCAUCUUCUUACAAGCAACAGCAUUAGUAUUACAGAGAAGACAUGUCCACAAAAGAAAACCAACAGCAUUGAGAACAGAACAUGUUUAAACACCAAAGGGAACCCUGAUGUUCUAUAGUGCUGUUACAUGGAAUGCACUGUAAAUUUGACAAACUUAAUUUAAAAUUCAUUUCAAAUGGUCAUAUACCAAACAGCUUGAAAAAGUUAAAUACAUUUUUAUGUUUAUGUUUUGUGUAAAGAAUGGUGUGGAGAGUAUAAUCCUGAAGCUAAGUAUUUCACUGUCAUGUUCUGAAACUACAGAUUGUAAUUAUUUUUUCUUGUUUUAAUUUUUAGGCCAGUGGCUUAGAAAUAGCUAGUUACAUUGUUUAGUAUUUAUUCUAAACAAGUUGACACCAUGCAAGAACAGACACUCUUAUAUUUGUCUAAUAUUUAUUUAAUUUCUUCCAUGUAACCCAUGUGAGGGAUGACGGACUAGCACCUGGUGACUCAAUCAUAACGCUUCCCCUCUUUCCUGUUUGGCCUUGGUCCCUGAAACCUGUUUGAUGGUGCUGGUAGAGGUAGUGUGCUUUAUGGUCAUAUUUCUUCAGGAAAGAGAAUAUCCUGUUUCAUACUUCUGAAUAACCAACAAGGAAAUUCUUAAACUUAGACGGUAGAUUUGUAUCUCAUAUUUUUCCUGCUAUAACAGCAGCAUGUUUUGUUCCGUAUAGCAAGCUGGCUUGUUCACAUGAGAUUCUAGAUAAACACCUGAGGACAGGAGGGGCUGAUGCAUUCAAAAUAAAAACUACAAAAGUAAA